AUGGAUGGAACGGAGCCUCCUUCAACCUCCAAGGUGAUCGUUGAAUGCAUUGAUCCCUACAACCUAUUUAACAGCAUCGAGCCCCAUCUGUCAGCCAGAACUCCUCUUCGGAAUUUGCACUGGAAGUCUCCUAAUCGUCCUCUUCGGUCGAUACCUUUCUUGGACGUUUCCCUUGUUCGACAGGACACCUCGGAUGGAUCACAAUCGAAUAUUCGCAGGCACCAAAUUCCCGGGCUGCGACAGACUCCCUAUGUCAAAUUAUACUUGUUACGAUGCGAUGACAAGGAGACAUACAACGAGAAGGUCAGGAAGGAAGUCCGCCACUGGAUCAAGACACAGACAUCUGCAGCUGAGAGCAAGUCAUCGGCAAGGGGUCAGGAGAAUCACGACGCCUUCGAAUGGUUGAUAGUCCAUGUGGUGCUUCCUGGCACCGCCGCAGCCAGUCAACCCAAAUCCGUCAAGCAUAUCUCGCUGGAGACGGCAGAUAGCACCGACAGCGUCAACAGCAAAUCGAAAUGGCCCGGCAAGGGUUCGUCGACAGUAUUCGACAAAUUGAAGGCCGAUUUCAACAGUGCUUCCAAAGCAGCCAUCAACCGUGUCGCACAAGUCAGGCUUGUGGAGUCCAAGGACAAGUCUACGGCAUUGACACGCGGAGAGCUCGAGGAACAAUGGCAGGACUUAGUCGAGAGCCUCAAAGCAUGUAUUUUGCGAUCCUUUGAUGCCCGUGUGGCUCAAUAUGAAGGCGACAUCCGCGAAAGGGACAGCCAGCGAAACCUGCCGGGCUGGAAUUUUUGCACCUUUUUCAUCCUGAAAGAGGGUCUGGCAAAGGGGUUUGAAAGCGUGGGGUUGUUAGACGAUGCCCUGGCCAUCUACGACGAGCUUUCCCUUGGACUUGAUAGUCUGGUGGAAGAGCAAGCGCAGAGUCUUGAUCAUGACGAAAAUGGUGCGCUUUUGAGGUUCUCCAAGGAGACCAAGGAGCUACUCAGGGCGGCUCUCGGCCCUCAAGACGCUUCUACGACCUCAAAGCACGAUGCUGAAACGAUAUCAAGUCUUGGAGACAUUCUCCAAGCUGAUCGCGACGCGUUUCCAUUCGAUAUAGAUCGAAAGAACUAUCUCGGGCUCAUCCUCUCCAACGAAGUGUCUGCCUUCGAUCUCCGCGUUUACAUUUUCACGCGGCAGAUGGAGAUUCUUUUCAGGCAAGGCCGGGCAGAAGUUUCGAGGUCCUCCCACACCACCAAAGCUCUCCCCGAUCCGAUUGUCAUUGCCGAUAUCGCAGAACGUGCCGUUCAGUCGAUCAAUAUGGUGGCCCGCAAUCUACGCUUGGAACUAUACAGUGCUUGGGGAGGCCAAGAAGGUCUGAGUGCCGAGGAACUGCAAUCCCAGAGGACGGUGACUGGGAACAUAGUCUCGACCUGGCAGUGGCGUGCAUGUAUGCAAAUCCUGGCACGUAUUCUACCAACCUUGGGCGUGGAAUCUGAGUAUGGUACGGCGAGUUUAUCCGUUGAUGCAGUUGAGCUCUCGCGCCAUACCAACGUGUCGUUUUCUGGCAAGUCUGGUACAGAUGGCAACACGCAGAGGAUGUCGUUGGCGGUCACCGUCCGUCCUUACCCCCACGAAGGGUCACAGGAACGCAACAAAAGAGCUUCAUUUCUCCCUGAUGGCGCAGUUAGCCGAAACUCCAUCUUGUCGCGGCCUGGGUCGGAGCGACUCGCUCUGUGGACGUCGGCACUUGCAAUGCUGGCAAGACGUGCGCUGGAAAAUAUUGAAGGUGCGCGGUCAUGGGUAGGACAAAUGAAACAAUUUGGCUUGACGGCAGGGAUCUAUGACGAUACUGUCCAAACCAACGGACAGAAAAGCCCUGAGCAUGUGUCGGAUGAUGAUCAUCCGCAGCGAGAUCUGCACCAAGAUUUGGUGGCCGGCCUGGGAUCGAAAAGUUUGCAAGCAGCAGCAUCCUCCAAAUCCAUGUUCUGGAAUCUAUAUGCGCUGUUGUCAGUCCUGGCAUAUCGCAUGGCGGCUGAAGCGAAGAGCCAUGCAACUGCAGAGCAGAUCUUGACCAACCUGACGGAAAUGGAAUACGCCCAAGGCAAUCACACGAUUGCUGCUCGGUAUCUCCACAGUCUUCUCGGUCCGUUACCGCGGCCGGUCUGUCGUCCAGUUGAUGGGUAUCUGCUUCGCAUUUAUGCAGAUUGUCUGAGCAAACUUGAAAAGACGACGGAAUACGGUCGAUGUCUCAUCUCCUGCCUGCAUUGGGCAGCCCGAUGCUGUGCCGGUGCCCAAUUGACCAAAUCCACUGCCACAUAUCAGUCAUAUAGUGACCGCCUUUUCGGGUUGGUCGGGAACAUGGCAGCGACCACGCUUCCACUGACAACCCUUUUUCGGAUCUUAAGCGUCUCUCAGACAAUCUCGAAAAUUCAAGGCCGUGAUGGGUUUGCCAUGUCAAUGGUAAUACAUUCUUUGGCUGGUGUAGCAACACCACCGGCCGAUGAUAUCAAGAUGAGACUGGUCUCGAAAGAGGGAGCUGAGCCCCGAUUCCUGGCCUUGAGGGCAAGCAAUGAUUCGGGUAUCCAUUCUACCGGAACUAACAUCGUGCUCGAGGGUGCGGUGACGACGUUUGGCUGGUACACACCGGAUGAAGUUGAAUUGAGGUUUGGCAAUUUGAGACUUUUGCAUCAUUUCCUCACGCCCCACAAUGACGAGUCCGCGGAGGACGACGAAUUGUCCACCCCUCGAUCGAUCAUUGCGCCCGUGCUUGUUUAUCCCUUUUCCGAAUCUUUCGAUGUCAGGAUCAGCCACUCCCGGCACAUCCAUCUAGCACAGACACGUCGUCUGCUGGUCGAGAUUCUGCCGGGGGCGAACGAGGCCAAGCAGUGCAAACUGCGGCUCAAGACUGCUACUGCAGGGUUGAGACUGAACAUCCAUGAUGCACAAUUGCUGGGCGGCGUGCGUCCUUCGGCUGCUUUACGGACCGCCCGGGAGGGCGAUGCCCUGGUGCUGAUCGUCGAUGACCUGGAACCUGACUCACUGACCCAGGUUGAAAUCCCAUAUACGACCGAGAUUGCGUCAGAACCAUCGGUAACCUUACGAAUUGACGCCAAUUACGAAACCAGUCAGGGCGUGUUUACCAUGUACGGCACUGCUCUCGUGAACGUGAUUCUACCGGUGACCGUGAACGUGCAGGACAUUAGUAGGACAGGUUGCAUGUACUCAAGGUUCACCAUAAGUCCCGCCACACUGGUACCCUUACGUCUGCUGGACUGCCACCUAGAAGACAACAAAGCAUACACGACUACUGUGGGACAUGACUUCCUUGACCCGCUGGUAGUCUUUCCCAAACAGCCGGCGAGCUGGGUAGUACGUCUGGCUCCCAAGAAUGCAGAGGCGCUCAAAUCAGCGCAACGGUUAACCCUGUCGGUGGACUUUCAGUCGUUAGACGAGGUCAUGUUGGUUGCCCUCGAGGACAGCUUUAAGUCGGCUAUUUCGAAGACGCAGUAUGCAUACGCUGCGAGGUUACUCGUCGCGCAUUUGCAAAAUCGAAUUCGAGCGGCAUGGACCGAGCAAGAUUUGGAGGUGGCAGGGUUGUCACAAGAGGUUGAGAUCUGGGAUUUUGAUGAUAUGGACUGGCCAUCUGUGUUGCGUGCGUUUGACCGGCAGACGUGUAUGGAGAUUAUGGCUUGGCUGCAGACAUGGCACUCCGGCACCCAGCCUAUCUGGCUCCCAUCGAACAAGGCACGACAGCGGCAGCUCCAGCUCCAUGUGGACAUACCUCCACCACCGCUGGUUGUUUCCGCCGUGUUUGAGAUGAAUGGGAUGCACAUAACACGGGGUACAGCCGCCCUGGGGCAGCCGUUGAUGACUGUACUGGUGAUGAGUCUAGGGGGUGUGAGAGAAGAGGAAGUGGAAGGGGCAUUUGAAGUGACAGCACUCUCCGACUCUUGGCUGAUCGGGGGCAAACGCAAAGGAAAUGUGCGCUUGACCGCGCAACCCACUCGUAUGCCAAUUGUGCUGUUCCCACAGCAUCUGGGGCAUCUUCUCCUUCCAAUCGUCAAUGUGAAAUGCAGGAAACAGGUCAAGAUCGAUGGUGAUGGCGAGGAGGGCUGGACAGAAAUUCCUUGCGAGGUGCAUGAUGCGACCCAUGGAUGCAGUAUCUUGGUGACUCCAGCUCUUCGAAGUACGACAGUGGAAGUGUUUGGAGCUAUACCAAACGAAGGAAUGGGACGACUAAUGGCAAGUGAGAGACGAUGA